AUGUCAUCUCAACCUGCGACGUCACUCGAUUUCCUAUGGCUGAAAGGCCUCAAGGACUCUCCUAAUGCUGUGCCUACGCUGGCGGUCAUGGGUGCCGCAAUGGUGGUGUAUUUCCUCUACCAGGUUAUGUUUGCCACGGAUAUUCCUCACAUCAAAGGAAUUCCUGAGAUUCCCGGUGCAGUCCCUAUCUUUGGUCAUCUCCUGAAACUUGGCGAGGACCACGCCACAGUCUGCGAGAAAUGGUGGCGGCAGUACAAUCACUCUGUCUACCAGAUCAUGCUGGGUAACACCCGCGCCGUGGUGGUGAACUCCUUCGAGGACUGCAAGAAGAUGCUCCUGGGAAACCAGAACGCAGUCAUCGACAGGCCCAAGCUCUAUACUUUCCAUGGCGUCAUAAGCAGCACCCAGGGCUACACCAUCGGCUCCUCGCCGUGGGACGAGUCGUGCAAGAAGAAGCGCAAGGCCGCCGGAACCGCGCUCGGACGCCCGGCGCUGCGGAACUACCACCCCAUGUUUGACCUGGAGAGCUACUGCAUCCUGCGGGACAUCAAGAAGGACAGCAAGAACGGCGAGAUAGAGCUCGACAUCCGGCCUUACAUCCAGCGCUACGCCCUGAACACCACUCUUACUCUCUGCUACGGCAUCCGCAUGGACGAGGUGUACGACGACCUGCUGCGCGAGAUCCUGCACGUCGGCUCCGCGAUCUCGCUGCUGCGCUCGGCGUCGGAGAACUACCAGGACUACGUGCCGAUGCUGCGGUACGUGCCGAACAACGAGAAGAACGCGCGCAGCAAGGAGCUGCGCGACCGCCGCGACACCUACCUGAACCUGCUGCUCGACAAGGUGCGCGUCAUGAUCAAGGAGGGCACCGACAAGCCGUGCAUCUCCGCCGCCAUCCUCAAGGACCAGGAGACGAAGCUCACCGGCGUCGAGGUCUCCUCCAUCUGCCUCUCGUUGGUGUCUGGCGGCUUCGAGACCAUCCCCGGCACGCUGACUUCCGCCAUUGGCUCUCUCUCAACCCCGGAAGGUCAGAUAUGGCAGGACCGCGCGUACGAGGAUAUCAAGCGCCACUACCCAGAUGUCCGCGAUGCGUGGACGAGCAGUUUUGUCGAGGAGAAGAUCCCGUACAUCAACGCCAUCAUCAAGGAGGCCGGCCGCUACUACACCGUCAGCGCCAUGAGCUUGCCGCGGAAGACUGUCACGGAGGUGAACUGGAAUGGGGCCAUUAUCCCGGCCAAGACUAUGAUUCUGAUUAACGCGCAGGCUGGCAAUCACGACGUCGACCACUUCGGCCCCAACGCCUCCAAGUUCGACCCAGAGCGCUGGCUCAAGAGCCUCGACCCGCCGCAGGAGCGCGAGAUGAGCGGGCUCGGACACCUGAGCUUCGGCACCGGCUCGCGCGCCUGCUCCGGCCAGUUCAUCGCCUCCCGCCUGCUGUACGCCGCCCUCGUGCGCCUGCUCUCCAGCUACAAGCUCGUCGCCAGCGAGGAGGCCCCGCCCAACACGGAUUAUGUCGACUACAACGAGAUCAAGACGGCGCUCGUCGCGAUCCCGAGACACUUCAAGGUUAAGCUUAUCCCGAGGGAUUCGAGCGUUACGGAGGAGUGCUUGAGUUUGGCGGAGCUGAGGACGAAGGAACAUUACAAGGACAGGGUUCAGGGGACUCAAACUAACUAUUACCAGGGGCUUGUAUCCAAUGGCGCAAAGGUAUACCUAGUCGCUCUGCCGGCUGAUCCGAUAGACGAGCAGCUGGCUGAACUUCGUGAGCUGGGGAAAUCUUCCGGCGGCGAGGUCGUGGGUAUCACUUGCGAUGUAUCAUCCAAGCAGUCGAUAUCAGAACUCGCGGCCAAGAUCACUGCUCUAGAGCCGUGCAUCGACCUACUGGUAUCCAAUGCCGGUAUCCGGCGCGACCCCCCUAUCAGCUGCGACGUGCAAGCCGCGCCCCUAGAAGAGCUGCAGGCGUCGAUGUGGUCGUCUGAGCAUUCGGACUGGGCUGCGACUUUCAGCGUGAACACCACCGCGCACUACUUCAUGUCGGUGGCAUUCCUGCCGCUGCUGGCGGCUGCGGCGGCGAAAGGAGGCAGAGAUACGGGCCGUGGCUCGGUUGUCAUAACGAGCUCGUGCGCGAGCAUGCACAAUGUGACGAAUGUCGACUUGACCAGCUAUGCGACGAGCAAGGCGGCUACGGAUCACUUGGUCAAGUUGCUCGCGGCGAAGUUCAGUCGAUUUUAUGUCCGAGUCAACGGUAUCAACCCGGGAUUCGUCCCAAGCAAGAUGAACCCAGUUGGUGAAGAGGGAAACAUAUUUAGCAAUUUGUUCGAUAAGGUCCCGGCAAAGAGAGCCGGAGGAGAAGAGGAUAUCGCCAGCGUGGUCAUUUACCUGGCGAGUCGCGCGGGGGCAUACGUGGACGGAGUUUCUGUAUGUGUAGAUGGUGGUCGCAUAUUAUUAGCGAAUGGGCAAUAA